AUGCUCAAAAUAACCGGUAAGUCAAAAAUUUACCUUCAAAUUUGAAAUUUCCUCCAAAUUUCCAGCAUUUUUCCUCCUCAUCAUGAUCCUCCUUUCAUCAAAUCAAAUUUUAUGCUCCGAUGACACCUCCACUCAAAAAUUCCUCGCAAAAUUCCAAGAACAUUUGAAGCGUGGAUUUCGUGUUGCAAUUUCUGCCAAAUUUGCUCGCGGAUUCUAUAUGCAUUCUGGAAAUAUCACCUAUAAUCGAGAUCAAAUUGUGCAUUUUUUGAUGGAUAAAAAGAGGAAUUUCGAAGAAAUAUCGAUUUUUAAUUCGACUUCGAGAACUGAAGGUGAAAGUCAGCAUUUGGUUUAUUUGAAAGUUGUUCCGAAAAAUGGAAAAAAUCGAUUUUUUGAGAUUUAUUUAACGCUUUUGAGAUUUGCUGAUUAUUAUAUUUUGGGUGGAAAUGAGAUUUUUAAUUAA